CACAAGCAGGACCGUAAACGACUUAGAACCGACACACCCAAGAGGACUACAGCAACGGCUACAAAAGGCUUGACAGCUUUUACAAUGAAUUUAUUCAACUCUGCUCUCGGGAAAAACAUCACUUUUGUGCGUCCUGCUUAUUUCAUAAUAAGCGGUUUCUCUGGCAUACCUAAUAUUAAGUAUUACUAUGUCUUCCUCUGUUUUGUUUAUAUUGUUUCAGUGCUUGGAAAUACAGUUGUGAUGGCAGUAAUAUACUUGGAUCGUAAUCUAAGAACUCCUAAAUAUAUUGCAGUUUUUAAUUUAGCGUUUGUGGACUUGUUGGGUAGCUCUGCUCUGGUGCCGAAGCUUCUUGACAUCUUUCUGUUUAACCAUCGCUACAUCUCCUACAAUGACUGCUUGACCUUUCUUUUUUUCUGUUUCACAUGUCUUUCCAUGCAGGUUCUUAAUCUGGUUGCGCUUUCCUAUGACAGAUUAAUUGCCAUCAUGCACCCUCUGCACUAUCAAGUGAAAGUGACUAACAGGUUCAUGCUGUCUUUGAUUUCCUCUUUCUGGGUCCUUGCAAUUACUGCUGAUCUGGUUGCAGUAUGUCUUCUUACCAGACUUUCCUUCUGCAGGUCUGUGGUUAUUAACAGUUAUUUCUGUGACCAUGGCCAGAUGUACAGGCUGGCCUGCAAUGACAACACACCCAGCUAUGUCCUUGCUAACAUCUUAAUAGCUUUAAUUCUUUGGUUUCCACUCUCAUUCAUCCUGUUAAGUUAUGUAUGUAUUGGUUAUGCUUUGUCUAAAGUGGUCACAGCUCAGGAAAGAUACAAGGCCUUUAAAACCUGCACAGCUCAUCUCUCACUAGUGGCAAUUUAUUUUAUCCCAUUAUUAAUAACAUUUACUAUGAGUUCGAGAAUACAUCCAAAUGCCAGAAUCAUAAACCUUUCUUUAACCUCGGUUUUUCCUCCCAUGCUGAACCCAAUCAUUUAUGUUCUGCAGACACAAGAAAUCAAAGUAUCAGUAAAAAAAAUAUUAAAAGUCAGGAAAGAAUCCAAAAUGAAAGUGAAGAAAGUUAACAUCAAAUGACAACCGUUACUCAUAUCUUUGGCUUUGUGUUGAGGAUUGUGAUUCUGUACAUUUCAAUAAUAUUUAGACAUGAAUUGAAAUUUGUUCUAAGUGACACUAAUAACAACCUGUCUAUUGCUACAUUCUGGUGAUUUAAGGGUUUUAUAUGU